CGCCCUUGGCGGAAAGAACCAGGCGCCGCUAAGCCUCUUUUUCUCGGAGGGAAGGAGAGAAGACCGAAGAAAGCCAUACUUACUCAGCCGCCGUCAGAACAAACUUUCCUACACUUCGUUUCUCUCGGGGCGAGCAACAGCAGCGCCGCCAACUUCUUGUGAGUGGCGCUGGGCGAGUGACCCGGAUGUAGAAGUGCCUUCCUUUAGGAACUAGUGAGGGCGCUAGAAUGCAAAGUAAAACCUGGCAAGGAAGGAGGGGGAAACGGAGGGAAUGUUGCGCAUGUGCCGCGUCGCAUAACACAGGUUUGAUUAUACAAACGAGAUCUACUACAGAGAUAUGAAAAGGCUAUAGAGAUGAACGCACGGGAAAGCCCAGGCUGGUAAACGCAUGCGCUCUCAUUGUCGUCACUUCCUGUUGUUUCUUUUCGUUCCCUUACGGCAGUGGCUUCCUUGACUGAUCGGUAUUCAUUAUAUGGCAGGCCCAGUAAUAGUCUAACUAUCUCCAAAUGGAAUCAGAAACUAAAGAAGGGGAGGAAGAGAGCCUGCAAACAGCUUUCAAAAAGCUGAGAGUGGAUCCAACUGGAACUUCUACAUCUGUGAGUGAUGGAACAGGACUGAGAGCUCCAGUCCGAGCAGCUGUUGAUGGAGGCAGGCAUCAAACCGUCUGUUCAAGAGAGAACUGGCAUGGGUGUGCAAGGAAAUCCUUAAGGGGGGCAACAAGGCCGCAGCGCCGCAGGCGGUCCAAAUCACCUGUCCUGCAUCCCCCCAAGUUUACAUAUUGCAGCAUGAAAGCAUCUUCUGCAAGUAACCAACUGAAACACAAAAGCCAGAUGGAUGCUUCAAAGAACAAAAUUGGUUCAGACCCUGGUGUUACAGAAGAGCCACACCUGGGAGGAAAGAGGUGCCCCCUCUUUGAUAGGAGCAACUGCAGGAGAGCCAAAACAGAACACCAGAGCACUUUCACAAGUGAGCAGCCUUCAGAGAAUUUGGGAAAGAGUUGCCCAGCUUUUUCUUUGACCUUUGAAGCCAGCCUGGAUCCUAACCAACCUUCAGAUUUCCAGUCACUCUCCAAGCUGAGUUACAGGAAGCAGUGCCCUUGCGUGGACAAGGAGUGCUGGUGCAAACCAUGGCAGGCAAUAGAAGCAUACUCCUUUUCUGGUUUGCGGAGUGUCCUGUCGGAAUGUGAAAAGGCUGUCCUGGAAGUGCGUUCACAAUCUUUGCCAAAUCGAUCGUAUUCUGGUACGAGUUCGUCAGGCUCUGCCCGGUCUUGUUCUGAGCAAGCUCGAGUCUUUGUGGAUGAUGUGACUAUUGAAGAUCUUUCAGGGUACAUGGAGUAUUACUUAUAUAUUCCCAAGAAAAUGUCCCACAUGGCAGAGAUGAUGUAUACUUGACAUAAGAAUCAGGGGUUGGAAAUUCAGUGGUGGUAGUGAGAUGUUCCCUCAGUGCCAUAGUUGGAAAUGUGUCUGUUGUCAUUGCUGCGUAUUUGAUCAAAUGUUUAUUUGCGCCAUACAGUGUAGUUUUUUAAAUAAAGUGAAAAAGAGACAAUA